AUGAGAAUAGUAGAUAUCUUUAACAUGGAAAAACGUUUUAAGUUAAUCAUUUUUAUCAAAAUUUAUAUAUAUAUCAUUAUAUAUUGGAUAUUUCAUUGUUACAGUGACAUGAGCAUGUUUAACAUAUUUUUAGGAGAUAAUUAUGGUUUUGAUAGGAAAUUAGAUAAACGAAUUUAUCGAUUAUUAAGUAAAUGUGGAAAGGGUAUUUUUUCAAAUGUUGGAGAUUUAGAAUUAAAGAUACCAUUUGAUAUAAAAAGAAAAAAAGAAAAAUUACUAACAACUGAUAAUGAAAAAUGGGAAAAAGAAAAAAAAGAAAAAUUAUAUAGAUGUUCAUUAAUUAAGGAUAAAUUGAUUAAGGAACUUAUGAAAAAGAAAAGUACUAUGUUUCAUAAAUCAUAUAACCAUUAUGAAAAAAAUAUAAUGAACGGACUUGAUGAUAAGGCAUUUUUUAAAAAAAUGAUGCUGAUUAAUGAUAAGGAUUACAAAAAAUUAAAACGUAAAAAAUAUGGAUUGCGACUUUGCUCACUUUUAUUAUUGUUCAUAUUGGUAUUAAUUAUACCUAUAGUGGAUUUAUCAUUAGGUAAUUUUAGUACUGUAGGUAAAUUAUUAAAUACAUUAUGUAGUUUAUUAGGAUAUAACGAACCACCAGUCGACUCUGCUGAAUCUUCGGGAUCUUUAUUGUCCUCUACAUGUCAACUGAAAAACCUUACAGGAAUUAAAGUAUUUGGUGUUCUAGUCUAUUGUUUACCUAUCUUAAUAUUGGGAAUUAUACUUAUUCAAGGAAUUUUUUAUUAUUAUAAGAAUGUUAUAAAACAUAAAAAAUUGGGUUUUUGGAAGCGUUUAAUGAAUGGUAAGCAAUAA